AUGGAUCAAAAUAUGUUCUGAUACCUUUUACUGUCCAUAGAAUUCGGAAUGUCUUCUUUAAAAUCAGCUGCGAAUUUGCAUAUAUCAGCUAACGCGUCGGCAUGCGCAGGAGAUUUAUGUAAUUUUAUUAUUGAGAAGUCCAACGAAGCUAUUAAAAAAAACGGUUUCUUUCGUGUUGGUUUGUCAGGUGGAAGUUUAGUAAAAUUUUUAUCAGAAGAGCUGCCAAAGAAAAAUAUCGAAUGGUCCAAGUGGAAGAUUUUCUUUUGCGAUGAAAGACAUGUACCCGAAGACCACCCAGAGUGUACUUUCACUCUAUAUGAUAAAAGCCUCUUUAGUAAAGUUGGCAUUCCAAAAGAAAACGUAUUUAAAAACGAUUCUAAUUUAACAGUUGAACAAGCCGCUGAACGAUAUGAAAAAUUAAUUAAAGAAGAAUUUGAGACCGAUAGCCCUAGAUUCGAUAUGCUGUUGUUAGGAAUGGGACCAGACGGUCAUACCUGCUCACUAUUUCCAAAUCAUCAACUAUUGAAUGUAAAAGAUAAGAUAGUAGCUUUUAUUAAAGAUUCUCCGAAGCCCCCACCGGAAAGAAUAACUCUUACUAUGCCUAUUUUAUUGAAUUGUGAUAACGCAGUUUUCUGUUCAUGUGGAGAUGGAAAGAAAGAAAUGGUCAAGGAAGUUCUGGAAAAUCAAAAUAUGGAUUUCCCUGCAGCUCGAGUUCAGCCGGUGAAGGGUUCUCUGCACUGGUUUAUGGAUAAAGGUGCUGCGGGAUUGCUAUCGAAUAUUUAA